AGUAGCCCAAUGAGCGCAACGGCAGCAGGCUGGAAAGAAGAGGCUCUGCAACAGUCUGUGGCGCUAUUCUGUCUCCCAAGAUGGCUGAUGCCGAGGAUGGGAAGUGAAAAUAGGCUAUCUAUUUGAGCUCACGAAAAAGACUCUAGGGCGGGAAUCGUCGAUUUAAGGAAACAGUGUAUUUUCUCUUCAGUCAAGUUGCACAGGUGUUGAACCGUCACCAUGGACACCACCACGUCCAUCAAGAUGACCACCAUGGCCAUCCAGAACCUCUUCAGCUAUGUGGAAGAGGAGAAUCUGGCUGCGCUGAAGGCACACCUGGACAAGUUCAAGGAGGUGGACGGCCGCAGUGAUAAUGGACAGACUCCUCUGAUGCUGGCGGCGGAGCAGGGAAGUCUGGAGAUUAUCCAGGAGCUCAUCAGGAGGGGAGCCAAUGUUAACCUGGACGAUGUGGACUGCUGGUCUGCUCUGAUCUGUGCAGCAAAAGAGGGCCAUGUGGAUGUGGUCAAGGAGCUGCUGGAGAGCAGUGCUUACAUUGAGCACAGGGACAUGGGAGGUUGGACUGCGCUCAUGUGGGCAGCCUAUAAAGGUCGUGUGGAGGUCACUCAAGUUCUCCUGGAGAAUGAAGCCAAUCCCAACACCACUGGACAUCAAUACAGCGUUUACCCCAUCAUCUGGGCGGCGGGGAGGGGCCACUCUGAGAUUGUUCACCUGUUGCUGAAGCACGGGGCAAAGGUCAACUGCUCAGACAAGUAUGGUACCACUCCACUGAUUUGGGCCUCCAGAAAGGGACACUACGACUGCGUCAUGCACCUGUUGGAGAACGGGGCUGAUGUUGACCAAGAGGGGGCGAACUCCAUGACGGCUCUGAUCGUGGCAGUGAAGGGGGGCUACACAGAGGUGGUGAAGGAGCUUCUCAAGAGGAACCCAAAUGUCAACAUGACUGACAAGGACGGCAACACGGCCCUCAUGAUCGCUGCUAAGGAGGGCUACACCGAGAUCGUCCAGGACCUGCUGGACGCUGGCACCUAUGUGAACAUACCAGAUCGGAGUGGUGAUACAGUGCUGAUCGGAGCGGUGAGAGGAGGUCAUGUGGAGAUUGUGCGAGCGCUGCUGCACAAAUACGCUGACAUUGACAUCAGGGGCCAGGACAACAAGACUGCCCUCUACUGGGCGGUGGAGAAGGGGAACGCCACCAUGGUGCGGGACAUCCUUCAGUGCAAUCCCGACACAGAGACCACCACUAAGGAUGGAGAGACGCCUCUUAUAAAAGCUACUAAGAUGAGAAACAUUGACAUUGUGGAACUGCUGCUGGACAAGGGGGCCAAAGUGUCUGCUGUGGACAAGAAAGGGGACACGCCCCUCCACAUUGCCAUUCGCGGGCGCAGCCGGCGCCUGGCGGAACUCCUCCUGAGGAACCCUAAAGAUGGCCGCCUGCUGUACAGGCCCAACAAGGCCGGGGAGACGCCCUACAACAUCGACUGCAGCCACCAGAAGAGCAUCCUCACCCAGAUCUUUGGCGCUCGCCAUCUCUCCCCCACCGAGUCGGACGGGGACAUGUUGGGCUAUGACCUGUACAGCAGCGCCCUGGCCGACAUCCUGAGCGAGCCCACCAUGCAGCCGCCCAUCUGCGUGGGCCUCUACGCCCAGUGGGGCAGCGGCAAGUCCUUCCUGCUCAAGAAACUGGAGGAUGAGAUGAAGACAUUUGCUGGCCAGCAGGUGGAGCCGUUGUUCCAGUUCUCCUGGCUGGUGGUGGUUUUGUCUGUGCUGUUCUGCGGCUCCGUGGCUCUGGUCAUGGGCUUCACCGUUGACCCCAAGCUGGCCGUGGCCGUGUCCCUUAGCCUGCUGGCGUUGCUCUACGUCUUCUUCGUGGUGGUGUACUUCGGCAGCCGCAGGGAAGGCGAGAACUGGGCCUGGGCCUGGGUGAUAAGCACACGUCUGGCUCGCCACAUCGGAUACCUGGAGCUCAUCCUCAAGCUCAUGUUCGUCAACCCCCCAGAGCUACCUGAGCAGACCACUCGAGCGCUACCUGUCAGGUUCCUGUUUACAGACUACAACCGUCUGUCGAGUGUGGGUGGUGAGACGUCAAUGGCGGAGAUGAUCGCCACGCUGUCGGACGCAUGCGAGAGGGAGUUUGGCUUCUUGGCCACUAGACUCUUCCGUGUCUUCAAGACUGAGGACUCUCAAGGGAAGAAGCGUUGGAAGAAGACCUGCUGCAUCCCGUCCUUCCUCAUCUUCCUCUUUAUCCUGGGCUGCCUGAUCACGGGCAUGACACUGCUGGCCGUCUUCCAGGUGGACAAGCAGCAGACGACGGUCAAUGCCGUGCUGGUUUCCAUGGCCAGCGUGGUAGGCCUGGCGCUGCUGGUCAACUGCCGCACCUGGUGGCAGGUGGCCGACUCGGUGCUCAACUCGCAGCGCAAACGCCUGCACAGCGCCGCCAACCGCAUGCACAAACUCAAGAGUGAGGGCUUCAUGAAGGUGUUGAAAAAUGAAGUGGAGCUCAUGGCGAAGAUGGCCAAGACCAUCGACAGCUUCACCCAGAACCAGACGCGCCUGGUGGUCAUCAUCGACGGGCUGGACUCCUGCGAGCAGGACAAAGUUCUACAGAUGCUGGACACGGUGAGGGUGCUCUUCUCCAAGGGCCCCUUCAUCUCCGUCUUCGCCAGCGACCCACAUAUCAUCAUCAAGGCCAUCAACCAGAACCUGAACAGCGUGCUGCGCGACUCCAACAUCAACGGGCACGACUACAUGCGCAACAUCGUGCACCUGCCCGUCUUCCUGAACAGCCGCGGCCUCAGCAGUGCCAAGAAGAUGUGCGUCCCGGCCAACGCGCCUGCCAACGGAGACACCGGCAAUGCCGACGGUUGGCAUGAGGAGCUGGAUAGGAAGCUCUCCCAGCACAGUUUGGGUGAGAUGGCCAAGUUUGGCAGCAAGACCACACUCAACCGCAGGGACACAUACCGGCGCCGGCAGAUGCAGCGGAGCGUCACCAGGCAGAUGAGCUUCGACCUGACCAAGCUGCUCGUCACCGAGGACUGGUUCAGCGACAUCAGCCCCCAGACCAUGAAGAGGCUCCUGAACAUAGUCUCUGUGACAGGUCGUCUGCUGCGGGCCAAUCAGAUCUCGUUUAACUGGGACCGCCUGGCGUCCUGGAUCAACCUGACAGAGCAGUGGCCCUACAGGACGUCCUGGGUCAUCCUCUUCCUGGAGGAGACAGAGACUGGCAUCCCUGACCAGGCCACACUCAAGACCAUCUACGAAAGGAUCUCCAAAAACAUCCCGACAACCAAAGAUGUGGAGCCUUUGCUGGAGAUCGACGGCGACGCGCGGAGCUUCGAGGUGUUCCUGUCUUCACGGACACCAGUCCUCGCCGCCCGUGACAUCAAAACCUUCCUCCCCUGCACCAUCAACCUCGACCCCAAACUCCGCGAGAUCAUCGCAGACGUGCGUGCGGCGCGGGAGCAGCUGAACAUGGGCGCGGUGCCGUACCCGGCGGUACCUCUGCCGCUGCAGGAGGGCUCGGUGCGGCCCGUCUCCGUCUACAGCCAGCAGUCGUCCAUGUGUUCGCCCAGCGCCUCCUAUACGGGGCCCUUCAACCCGCCGGGGCCCCCAGGGGCCAUCUCCCCCCAGCCCCACAGCAGCUACUACAGUGGCAUGGCCGGCCCACAGCACCCCUUCUACAACCGGCCAUACUUCCCCCAACAUCUCUACCAGCUGCCACGGCUGUACCCUGGCACCCCCCUCCCAGUUCAUGCCCUGCCUCCCGUGCCACGUCCGUUCAUUAAGCCCGUUCACCCUCGAGACAGCGGCCACGUCCUCUAUAAGGUAUCAUCUUUGAAAAGGAAGCAGGGCUCUGCCUCAGUUGUGUCGGGAACACCAGGCAUUUUGCUGAGCUCAAUGAACACAGACGCUGUGUGUGAGCGCAUCAAAGUCAUGGAAGGGAUCGACCAGAGCAUGCUUGUCCAGUACACUGCCACCGUCAAGAAGGCCAAUGUCAACGGCAGAGUUCUGUCUCAGUGCAACCUGGACGAGCUGAAGAAGGAGAUGAACAUGAACUUCGGCGACUGGCAGCUCUUCAGAGGAAUGGUGAUGGAGCUGCGGCAUGUGGAGAGCCAGGUGCUACAGGAGGAGGCCUGCAGUGAGCAGGGCAGCAUGGUUGGGCCGCCCGACCCCAUGGUCAGACGCGCCCCUGCACCCCCACUCGCCGGGGCUGGACACAACGACAUGUACAGCUUCAACCUGAGUUUCGAGGAGCUCAGCAACGUGGGCUUGGAGGAGCCGCCGCGCCAACCCAUCCCGCCGUGGACCGUCACCACACACCGCACCCCGAGCAUGUCUAGUCUCAACUCCCAGGAGUCCUCCAACGACAUCUGCAAGCUGACGGACAAGCAGCAGGCCGAGUACCGCAACGCCUACCAGGAGUACAUCGCCCAGAUGGCCCAGAUUGAGAGCGCCAACAUGGGGGGCGAGAAGACGGCCCCGCCACACCCCAGCCAGUUCACCGGCUCCAGCUCCGGAGAGGACAAACUCAAGGACAAGGUGUCCAAGCGCGGGGGCGGAGGAGGAGGUAAGGGAUCGGCGGACGCGACCGACUACAACGCCGCCGACGCCGCGACGUUGGAUCCGAUCACGGAGGAGGACGAGAAGCUGGACCCUGGCUCGUCCAGGAGCCUGCUGGGCCGGAAGAGCUCCACGGAGCGGAGCGAGAGGAGCGGGCUGUUCCAGGGCGCCGCUGACCUGAAGCUGAAGGCCGGGGCGGUCGGCAGCGGCGGGCUGCGAUACCAGAAGCUGACCAGCGACGACGAGGAGUCCGAAGAGUCGGACCAGGGCCCAGUGCCAAAGCCUGGUGCAGGCGGGCGCCCCGACGGCACAAAGCUCUCGGUGUCAGCAGCGUCUGGUGACCCCAAGGCGAAGGACUACCUGUCCGACAGCAUGCUGGACAAGAAGGACUCAUCCGACUCUGGCGUUCGCUCCAGUGAGAGCUCGCCCAACCACUCGCUGCAGGACGAGGAGGCGGACCUGUCGCAGCUGGAGCGCGCCAACCUAAUUGAGCUGGACGAGGAUGGCCUGGCGCGCAAGCACGGCGGCACAGCCGCCAGCGGCAUUCCCAGCAGCCUCAGCGGCCUGCACGACCCCGCGGUGGUGCGCAUGUCCAUCUGCUCGGAGGACCAGUGUAGUCUGCUGGCCAGCAGCCCCGAAGAGAGCUGGCCCAGCUCGCGCAACUACAACCUCAACCGCACCCCCAGCAGCACCACCCUCAACAACAACACCAACGCCCGCCAGGUCGCCCGGGCCGGCGAGAACGCGCCCACCUCCAACACCACCGGAGGCGACGCCCUUAUCAAGCCACUGGGCACCACCAGCACCAGCUCCGGAACCACGAGCAGUAGCACAGGGGGCCUGCAGAACGAGAAUGUGCGCGUCGUACACCUGAAGCGCGGGCUCAACCCGGGCGACCCCCCCGAGAUCACCACCGUCUCCUCUGACACGGUCACUUUCGGAGAGGAGCGCGAGAGCAUCCUGUGAGCGGGUCCCUCCUCCUCGCGUCAGACACCCCCCCCUCAACCACCCACCAACCUGUCGUUAUAUGGUGCAUGAUGGAUGUGUAGUCAUAGGAACUUACUGUCACCCAGGCAGUAGUAGUCUAGGUAGAAACAUGGUCUGCAUAGCUAGUUUGUGGUUUUACACUGAUAUUCUGUGAUGGCUCCUUCCACAAAUAAUCCACACUGCUAUCACACAAGCUGAAGUAAAGGCACCACACUCAUUCAUAUAUCACAGUGCUGCUGUUCUGUGUACUGUACCAGUAUUAACUCAGACAAGUUGGUUCUUGGAAUCACAAGUGAUGCAUGGCAAUUGUGACUGAUAGUAGUCGUUUUUUUUUUGUGUGGUAGAGGUCAACUAUUAGAACAGUGCUUUGUAGCGCGUCUUUGAGCCACCUUGCUGUGUUCAAAUGUCACUAUUGGCCAGCACUACUGAGACACAUUAAAGUCAUAAGCUACAGUGUUUAUGUUUUUGUCGUAAAGUAUUAGAUGUUGUUCUUGAAGAACCUUUCCUGUCUGACAGACCAGUAGCUCCUCAGGUGUCCUAGUGUUGCAUGCAAUUGUUCCCUUCCUGAAGCCUGCAUGUAUGUGUUAUUUAUUGUACCGCCUUUAGGGCACACAUAGGACAAUGCAUGCACUGGUGGAUGGUGAUAAGUUAUGUGCAUUAAAAAUCAGUGUUUUUGUUCCAUAUGAAAUGUGCCGUUUUGAAGUUGUGCUUGUCAAAAAAUAAAUGGCCUUUAAGUGUAACACA